AUUAGCCGAGAAUUAGCGAAACUUGUGUUUGGGCUUAUUAGCCGGGGGGGAGUUACACGAAUUGGCGGCGUUGCGUAGUCAUAUGAAAGAGAGGAGAAAAGCUGAUUUUGUGGUUUGGGAGGCUUAGGGGGCAUUGCUGUUCCCUGGGGCUGCCCAGAGCCCCUCUGUGUGUAAUGAGGGCACGGCAUCUGCGCUACAUUAUAGACAAUGUCUGUAACGCACCCGCUGCCUCGAACUUGUCGCUUUUGUGAGGAAGAAGGAGCUUGAGUCGAUCUUUGGCAUCUGCUUUUACGGUGUUUGUAUGCUGUGUUUUCCCUCUGUCGAUAAGUGCUGUCCUGUGGGCUCGGUUCGCUUCAGAAACCUGCUUAGAGGGUAGUUGGGUGACUGUGACACGAAAAUUAAAAAAACCCAAACCAACAAACACUAGCAUUUGUUCAAAGAUCCUAAAAAUCAUCUGAAAGUGGUAUUAUAAAAUUCUGACCCUAAAAAAUUCUCGGCUGUUGAAUCAUUUGAGGAGUCGGUGGCACUUAAAUUUCAGGAUGUUGCUUGUAUUUAGGAAGCGUUUGGAGAAAGUGCACUGAGACUUUGCUCCAGUGGGACUGGGAGCUUCCAGGAUGGUGUCACAGACUCACAGGGUGGUUUGGCUCGGAAAGACCCUUAAGAUCAUGUCCCUGCCACGAGCAGAAUCCUCCCUUUGGUACAAGCUGUGCUUGUGGCAUCAGGUGGAAAUGGGCAUCACCCAGAUCCCCACUCCUGACUGUGGGCAGUGCUUGCAUGGCCCCGCAGGGAAACUGCAUAAUUAAGGAUGUUCUUAAAAAUUUUACAAGUGUUUUUGGUGCAAAUUCUGCCCCUGCAUUCUGUGUUCUUAUCAGUGCUGUGGUCACUGGGCACUUUGAAGAAUUGAAUUUCUGUCAGUAAUGACUGAUGGCUUCAAUAUUAUUUCAGUUUUGUUUAAUCAGGUAAUUGUCUUACAAAAUUAGUAACUGGAGAGCGUUCCCAAGUGAUUCUCUGAUGGCAGAAUUAGGUCUGCAGUGUACCUACAUUUUUUUUCCCCCAUAAAUUCAUUUUAGAAUAGCUUUUGACUGACUUCAGCAUAGUCUUACAAAGAGUAAAAGGGUGAAGGAAAUUAUGGAUCAUUUUAGUGUGAUAUGCAAGGUCACUUCCCAGCUCUUCCACAAACAUUGUAUGUCACCUUGAGCAGAUUGGGGGAUAAAAAUACGGCCUUAAUAAUGGAUGUAUUGGUGGAAUUCACUACUUAAUUAUCAAUGUUUAUAAGGUCCUCAUAGGCCUUUAAGAUGGAUGGAAAAUUAACAUUUAUAAUAUUUUUAAGCCAGUCUGACACGUAGCAAGACUGACGUAUGAGUGAAUCUCUUUUUAUAAGCUCUGACAUUGAAAUUACCCCCUUGUAAAGAAACAACAGGUGAGUUCUGUGACCUGCAAAUGUUCCUGACAGCGCUCAGGAGGAGCAGGAACUUCGCUUGGUUUUGGUCAGAAGUUUGUAUGUUUGGGAGCUGGGGAUUAUAUUUCCUCUUGCCUACAGACAGGCACAUGAUCGAUUCAAAUCAACAAUAAAUUCUUUUAAAUCUCGAGCUUAUAUAAUUAAACCACAUUAAAUCUAUUAUGAAGAAACAAUUCCCUGUGUGUGGUGGGACGUGAUUGCAGCUUUUGUAACAGCCCAGUGAGUGCGGUGGCAAGGCCAGAGGGUUUUUUUUUUUCCCGGUCGCUGCACCUCCAUUUGUCCCUUUGUGUUAGAAGCAAUGCUGAAUUCCACUCGACCUGGGAGACCCUGAUCCACCUCGUUUUUUUUUCACACGCUUGGGACCUGAAUGGGCCAGUCCUUCCGAGGGCAGGUUUGAUUUUGAGCAGAUGGCAUCCCUCAGCGGCGAGGAUGCGUCUCAGCAUUCCGAGGGGCUCUCCCUGAGCGAUCUGGAGAGCCUGCACAGCUUGCGCAGCCGCUCCGCCAGCGUCAGCAGCACAGGCUCCAGCGGCCGCCUGCAGCUCCGGCAGAGAGUAGCCCACCUCAUGGCGUGCGUGGAGGACGUCAGCUCGGACGAUGAGAUCCACGAGGAAGUGUCCCGCACCCUGGACGAAGCUUUCCUCAUCUGCGGGAAAAAGCUGAAGGAUAAGUGGCACGAGUUCAGACUACACUUAGUUACCUGGAAUGUGGGCACUGCUUCUCCACCUCCUGAUGUCACUAGUUUACUUCAGCUCAAUUCACAGGGCCCGACUAUGGAUAUGUAUGUUAUAGGCUUACAGGAGGUGAACUCAAAAAUCACGAAUUUUCUGUCUGACUUGGCAUUUGAUGAUCCGUGGAGCAUUUUUUUCAUGACUGUGUUGUCUCCCUUGGGAUACAUCAAGCUCUCCUCCGUUCGCAUGCAGGGCUUGCUGCUUCUGAUCUUUGUGAAGCACAUCCACCUCCCCUUCCUCCGGGACAUCCACACCCAGUUCACACGCACCGGCCUCUAUGGAUACUGGGGGAACAAAGGAGGAGUCAGCAUUCGCAUGUCCCUCUAUGGUCACACAGUCUGCUUCAUGAACUGCCACUUGCCAGCCCACAUGGAGAACACGGAGCAGCGACUGGAUGACUUUGAGAAAAUCCUGGAAAUGCAGUUUGAAGGAGAGAAUAUUCCAAGUACCUUGGAGCACGAUGUUCUCUUCUGGUUUGGAGAUCUGAACUUCCGGAUAGCAGACUACGGCAUCCACUUUGUCCGGGAAUCCAUCAACAACAAGCGUUACAGUCUGCUCUGGGAAAAGGACCAGUUAAAUAUGGCAAAAAAGACAGAAGCAUUUCUUAAGGAAUUCAUAGAGGGUCCUCUGCAGUUUAAGCCCACCUACAAGUUUGACCUUUACUCGGAUGUGUAUGAUACAAGAGAACAGAAGUCCCUGUUUUGGUUUAAUGAGAAGAAACGAAAGCCAGCGUGGACUGAUAGGAUUCUUUGGAGAGUGAAACAUCUCUGCCAGAAUGCAUCAAAAGAAGGCGAAUUCUCUGAAGAAGAGCAGACAAUUUUUGUUACUUUGAAUAACUACAUCAGCCACAUGAGCUAUGGCAUCAGCGACCACAAACCUGUUACAGGAACAUUCGGGCUCGAGUUGAAGCCUCUUGUCUCAGUCCCUUUGGUGGUGCUGAAUCCUGAGGGCGAGUGGAGUGCAGAACAUGACGUUAUCAUCCGCUACUCCACAGUGCCUGAAUUCCCGAGCAGCGCUUGGGACUGGAUUGGGCUCUUCAAGGUGACUUUCAGGCAUACCAAUGAUUAUGUUACUUAUGCUUGGGUAGAAGAUGAUGAAAUCUCUUCUGACAAAGACAGUAAACAAGUUUACAUGAGUGCUGCAGAAAUACCUACUAUGGGAGGAGAAUUUUUGCUGUGUUAUUAUAGCAAUAACUUGCAGUCAAUAGUUGGCAUCAGCGAGCCUUUUCGGAUUCAGCCCAGCAAAACUUCAACAGAAAAGGAUUUGGCACAGGGAGAGAACAGUUGGAUGCAGCAACCUGACAAUCUGGAAUCACGCGAUGAGUUUGAAGACAGGAAGGGCAUUUAGUGGUCCUGAUUCAGGAGUCAGAUGAUUCUUUAUGUCUUAGUGAUUGUAAGCUUUUACUCUUAGAAGAUGGAGUAAGACAGGUAGGAUUGUUCAGAAACUUUGUAAGCUCAUAGAAGAUAAUUUAUUGUGGAAACAGAUAUUUUUAUUACGGGGAGAGUAACUCUCUUGCACUGGAUGAGAACUGUAAAAAUAGCACUUAAGGAAUGCUGUAUGUUUUAAGGUGAUAGACAUUUCUAAUACAAUGAUUUAACCUAAGGAAGUUGCCAUGUUUAAUAGGUUUUUAGGCUCGUUCCCUUUUUUUGUAGAGGAUAUUUUAUUCACGAUGCAAUAUUUACUAUGCUGUAACCACUUAAUAACUGAUUUCCACAUUUUGAGUUUAAAUGAAGUUAUUUUAAAAAAAUAUUUAUUAGAUAUGGCCAGUUAGCUUGUUUUUAAAUUUUAUUUGACUUUCAAGUGUAAGCUAAUUACCUUUUGGGAAACAUGUGUGACAACAGGUCACAUGAAAACAAAAUCUUUGUGUGAAGUCUCCUUUGGUAGAUCCUUUUCUUCAUGCCUUACUGAGAACUCUUUGUAGGAUUUUCCAUUUCUGAUGUUUCCAAAUUGAAAUACAUUUAUCAAAAUGUAUUCCUGAUUUUUUUUUUUUUUUAAAUUCUUCUUUUAUAAAACAAUUAAGCAAUUUGCCUAUUGCCUUUCUCCCCCUCAUUAAAAAAAGUAAAAUAACACCAUUUUUAUACCAGUCCCUGGCUUGGAGUUGACCAGGAUCCCACAAUUUCUCAAAGAAAUGCUUUAGCAUAGGUGAGGAGCCCAUGACUGAUGAAAAAUUGGCAUCAUCUGUGCUAUAAAAAUUGUAAAUCUCUUCCAUUUAUAGCAAUCAGUCUUAAAAAUUUCUGUUUUUCUAAUGGUGCUUAGACCUUAAUAUAUCCUGUGCACUUGAGGGUGGAGAUGGAAUAAGAAACUUCAUGUACCUUUGGGAACCUGAAAGGUAGUUAGCUUCAGAAAUGGUUUCGUUCCUUGGAUGAGGAAAUGGAGAUAUUUGGAAAGGAUAGGAAGAGGCACCAACAUUCCACAGAGUGUGAGACUGCAGUGCUGGAAAAGAGCACUGGUGAGUCUCCUGUGUUACAGAUCCAAAGCUUCCAGCUACCUACCACGUGUGGUAAGUAGAGUUAGUCACUAAUCACUGUCCUGGUGGUUAGGGGUGGAAAAGAACAAAUUUGGUUCAAGUGGAACAGCAAAGGAUGUUGGUGUGUUUAUGCUGGAAUGCUGCUUCAGAAAGGAAUCAAUUCCUUUUUGCUCUUUUUCUCAAAGCCUUAUUUUUUUUCAGGGUUGUUUUUGAGAUAGGAAGUUAGCACCUUGAUGAGGAUGGUUGUUUUGCAGUUACUUGCUUGUAUCAUUCACUGUAUAAAAUCUUCUGAGGGCCAGGUGUCUUUGUAUGCUGAGGAAGCUCUAAUAGGUUAUCUGCUUAGGUAGUUGCAGUGGGGUUUAGGAACACUUGGCCUCUGUAGGUUUUAGACAUGCUCAGCUUAAAGCUUAGUGUUGGGAACUACUCCCUGUCAUGAGUAGCAGGUUCAGAGGAUACUUGUGUUCAUUGUGUGGAUUAACACUGCCUUGAGGUUUACAGUUUGUACAUUCCUGUUACACUUUGGAACCAUAUUAGAAACAGUUUUCACAUUUGUACCGGUCUGCCAACAGUUUGUUUUGCACUGAAUCUUUCAGGUGUGUGACUUCUCAUGGCAAUUAGGGCAUCAGACAAAUCCCUGUCGAACUGCAAUAAGCAGUUCUCGAGUUGUCCUCUGUUCCUGAUUUCACUUGUGUAACCAUUACCGUACUCCACACAAGGAGAUUCUGUGGAGAGCCCAAAGAACAGUGGUCUGUGAAUUGCAGACCACAGCUGGUGAUUUAUUGUGGACCAAGAUCCAGUUUCUUCCAAGCAGGGUGUGUGUGGUGUUCAGGAGCGGCGCAGAGGGGGAGCCACGCGGCCGCUCUGCUGGGGCGAGACACUCGAGAGCCUUCCUGUUGUGUGGGAGCUGAUAAACCCUCUGUCACUGGACACAGGAGCUGCAUUUUGUAAACUAAUCCUUUGAACCACAGGACUUCACUGCAAAUGCCCACGGCAGCUGGGGUUGGGACUGCUUGUUAGUAGGAUGCUGCACAGAACUGUACUUCUUUCUUCAGUAUUAUGCACACAGAGGCACUUUUGUUUACUACUGUUACCUAUGGUAGCUUUUCAAACUAUUCCAUGACCUGUAAUGAUGCAAUUUCUGAUGAAAUUUAUCUUUCUUAAAACACCUUUAAUUGGAUGUUAUAAUCACUGGAAAUGUUUUUAUACUCGUGUGUUUUCUUCUCCUGUACCUCUGAAAUAAAUCCUGGCAGUGAAGUGUUGAA